AUGAAGUGGCUUGUAGUUCUCGUCAAUCUUGUCAUCCUGCCAUUACUGCUGUUACUUCAUCCUGUGAGCGGGUUGAACGGCGCUGAUUACAUACAGGUGCAUUCCGUUUUUCCACCCAUACUUCAGAAUUAUUGGGAGAAUGGCAUGCGCUUUUGGGCCUUUGGUCUCAACACGGUUGUGACGGAUAAUUACAUUCGCCUUACUGAAAGUGCCCCAGACGCCAAGGGCUACUUGUGGAAUCGACACUCAAAUCACAUGGAAUCCUUUGAAUUGAAUGUUACUUUGCAGAUGCGAAAGCGUGGGUCUGGUUUUGUGGGGAGCACAAGUGAUGGUGGCAUGGGCAUAUGGUACACAAGCGCCGAGACAUUCACUGGCGACAGCGACACUGUGUUUUUUGGUUUUAAACGACGAUUCUUUGGCGUUGGCGUGGUGCUAGAUCACUCAGACGUGAUUUCAUUGGUCACAAACGACGGCAGUUUUGACCUGGACGCCAACUCCAUGCGUGUGCGUCGAAACGGAUACUGUCGCGUCCCUGCUCUUGGCGAGUUGCACAUCACUAUCACCAUUCGCUACGAGGGUGGAAUUGCCAAUGUGCUGUACGUGUACCACGAUAAUGUAGAGCCGCGACCGGAGGACUACGCGAGGUGUGUCUUCUGCACUACUGCCUCUGCACCUACGCUGAGUGGCGUCUACCGAUUCGGCGUCACAGCGGCAAACUCGGCGCUGACGCAGGCCACACAUGAGAUUCAUAGUGUCAUCAUGACUCCGUUGUCAGAUGUAUCCCACCACUUGGAGGAGGAGAACAAAGCUGCUCAAGUCCGUCUAUUUGCCGCGGAUGAGAAGGCAGCGCAGCAAGAACUUCUAGGCAGUGUGGGUUUGAAUGGAGAGAAAGGAUGA